CGUGACGCCCUUGCACAACCGCCGGAGCUUUUCCUUAUAUAACACCGGGAUCCCGGUGAGCGCCGCUCCCGUCCCGGCCUCAGUUUCCCUUCGGCAGCGCCGCAGCCAUGUGGAUGGUGUCACCGCCGGUCGGUGUUUUCCAGUCCACCAAGAAGCUGUUCCUGAGCGAGCGGACGGGACGGGAUCGGAGCCGGGCGCUGGAAUUCAUCCGGAGGAACGCUGCCAACGGGCUCUCGGUGGCCAACCUGGUGGCCGGGCUCUCCUCCAUCCUCUGCAGCCUCAACAGGCAGCACCACCACUCCUGCUGGCUCUUGCUUGUGGGGUUCCUCCUGGAUCUGGCUGACGGUGCUGUCGCCCGGCGGCUCGACGCCUGCUCGGCACUGGGUGCCAAGCUGGAUGAUUUUGCCGAUUUCACCACGUUUGGGCUGGCCACGGCGCUGCUGCUGCAGCCGCAGGGGGUGCUGAGCGGGGCGCUGGCCCUCGCCUAUGUGCUGGCCGUGUUCGCCCGCCUCUGCUUUUUCUCCAGCGGGAUCCCCUUCACCUACCGGGGGCUGCCCUGUCCCUACGCAUCCUCGCUGCUGGCGAGCACCUUCCUGCUGUCUGGGGGCAACGCUGCCCUGCUGCGGGUCACCGCUGGCAUCAUGAUCCUCUUCAUGCUGGACCGGGGCUGCUACCCCCAUGACAAGGUGCUGGAGUCCCAGCUCUGGAAGAAAGUGGUUUAUGCUGGAGGGGUGGCUGCUGUCCUCUUCUCGCCAGCCACGGUGGCUUCCAUCUAUUGCCUCGCCUGGUCCAUGUCCUACAUCGUGUUCCCCUUUGCCAUCUGGAGCUGCAAAGUCCAACCCCUGCCUAACGCCUACUAAAGCCUUCCUCCACCUCCUCCUCCACCAGCAUCUCCCUUCAUUCCUCUCCAUAUCCAACCCUGUUUAGAAAAGGGAAGAACCGGAGCUGUAGGAACAACUCUGCCCCAAGCACACCCCACGUGCCCCACUCCUCAUAUGGGGGACGAAGGAACCCCCAUCACCCACUCCAGAGACCCCCAAACCCCUUCCCUGUGCGGGGUAACAUCAAAUUUAGGAAUCACUCCCACCGUGUGCUGUUAAUGGAUCACAAGGGGGGGGGAUUUACACCUCCAAAUCCGAGGAAGACUCUUCCCUGGAGGGGAGGAAGCCACUGGCUAAAUGCCCAGAGGGAUUUUGACACCCAAGUCACCAGCAGCACGUUGGGGUUUAUGGUUUUACCCAUCAAACGUGUUUGAUCCCCCCCUUCAGUGUGAGGUGGGACUGGGACGGAGGGAAGCGAGGUUUAGAUCCACGGAUCCAAACCCUCUGGAACGCUGGAGGAGGAGGAUGGAAGCAAAGCUCAACCCGGGAUCCCCGGGGAGGCUCCAACAGCUGGAUCCAGCCCCAUGUCCUGAUCCCAGCACCGGGAGCUCGAGCCGGUGCCUGCAGCUGCGCUGGCACUCGGCCCCGCUCCGGCGCUUCCCAUUCCCAUUCCCAGGGGCACCGGAGCCACACGGGACCAGCACAGGGUUUAUUUAGAAAAAAACCCCAAACCAAGGGGCUCUUUGCUAAUAAAUAACGUGGGGUCGGAGGGGGCCCAGGGCUCACUCGCCCGACGCCUGCAUCUGCCUGCAGAAGGAGUCGAA